AUGGCGAGUCAAACGCCGAAUCUCGAGUGCCGGAUGUACGAGGCGAAGUAUCCAGAGGUGGAUAUGGCGGUGAUGAUCCAGGUGAAGAACAUCGCAGACAUGGGAGCCUACGUUUCGCUGCUGGAGUACAACAACAUCGAAGGCAUGAUCCUCUUCUCCGAGCUCUCCCGCCGUCGGAUCCGAAGUGUGAGCAGUUUGAUUAAGGUCGGAAGAAUUGAGCCGGUCAUGGUCCUGCGUGUGGACAAGGAGAAGGGAUACAUUGAUCUGAGCAAGCGUAGAGUCAGCGAAGAGGAUAUUCAGACUUGUGAAGAGAGGUAUAACAAGAGCAAGCUCGUCCACUCUAUCAUGCGCCAUGUCGCUGAGACUCUCUCAAUCGAUUUGGAGGAGUUGUAUGUGAACAUUGGUUGGCCUUUGUACCGGAAACAUGGUCAUGCUUUUGAGGCCUUCAAGAUCUUAGUGACUGAUCCUGAUUCUGUGUUGGGUUCCCUCACCCGUGAGAUCAAAGAAGUUGGUCCUGAUGGACAAGAGGUGACUAAGGUUGUACCUGCUGUUACGGAAGAAGUGAAAGAUGCACUUGUGAAGAACAUUAGGAGGAGAAUGACACCACAGCCAAUGAAAAUCCGAGCUGAUAUCGAAUUGAAAUGUUUUCAGUUUGACGGAGUUGUUCACAUUAAGGAGGCCAUGAAAAAGGCUGAAGCCGCUGGAAACGAUGACUGUCCUGUUAAGAUUAAACUGGUUGCUCCACCCCUCUAUGUUCUCACUACUCAGACUCUUGACAAGGACCAAGGGAUUGAAAUCCUAAACAAAGCCAUAGAAGCUUGCACUGAGGCCAUUGACAUACACAAAGGCAAGCUCGUUGUUAAGGAAGGAGCUAGAGCUGUGAGUGAAAGAGAUGAUAAGAUGCUGACAGAGCACAUGGCUAAGCUAAGACUCGACAAUGAAGAGAUCAGCGGCGAUGAAGAAAGCGGAGACGAAGAAGAAGACACCGGAAUGGGCGAAGUGGAUAUCGACGGUGGCGCCGGAAUCAUCGAGUAA